AUGGACGGAAUAUCAGGCCUAAGUGGUAGGAUCGGCGGCAGAAUAGGGAGCGAUGAGGAAAUUUUUGAUCGGGUAUGGAAAAACAUGGGAUUUAUAGAAAAUAUGCCGCUUAGUGAGGUGUAUGGGUUGUUGAAGAAUAUUGAAGAUGAGAGCUGCAAAAAACGGCAAAUGGCCAAUGAUCCGGGGGUGGUCGUGAUGGCGCAAAUGGUGAUCAACAGGGUCCAGGAUAUGUUUGGGGAACAAGCCGAGAGAAUCAGUAUCCUGAAGGAGGAUUCGGUGAUGAUUUUGGAGUGGAUUGUUGAUGAAGGAUACGAGGGGGCAGAAACGGUUCCCCAGGGGCUAGCGGGCCGGCGCUUUUCGGUAUGUGAUAGUGACGAGAUGAGCGACGACGAGACGGCAUCGUUGAUGGAAUUUGACCAGAUGGGGUGUAAGAGGAGUGUGAGUGUGCCCUCUAGUAUCUGUGACAGUCAUAUUGACAUGGCAUGCAGUCAGAAGACGAAGGAGUUCAGUCUCGGCGAGAUCUUGGAUGACUUGGAGGAGUACCACCACACUAUCGAGAUGAACUUUGCAUCUUUAGAAAAUCGGUUGGUAGGGCUAAAGAGCCAGAAUGCGUACCACUUACAGUAUUUGAAGAAUGUGGGCACGAUAAACGAUGGGUUAUGCGAGAAGGUCAGAUCUAUGAGAUACGAGGUGUCUGAGGUUCAACAAGAACUAGCCAAGCUCACAGAAGUAGCUCACCCCAAUCCUACUGACCCAAAACCCAUAUGGGCCCAAACUGAUUUGGUUACCACUACAAUGUCGCCUGAAGAUACACAAGUAUACCAUCGAUUGACCAAGUCAGAUGCCGAAUCCACUCACAUAUCUACACAUAAUGCCACACACAACACGGCCACACACACCACUACACAUAAGACAACUACUAUUUCAAUUGCAUUUAUUUCAAUCAUUAUUUUUAUGAUAUCAUUUUUCACUAGCAAAUAG